UUUCCCUUUUCUUUCUCCGACAUCCAUUGCUUCCAAGGACAUGUCCAUAGCGUUCCGCCCCGUGGCCAUCCAGCGAUCCCUCAUCACUCUCUCGCCGACGCGCCCUUCGCCUGUCCGCCACCGGUGUCUGCCACCACCGCAUCGUCCUCGCACAACAGCGGCGUGCUUCUUCUCAUCGCAGCGUAUCCCCCGACAAGAGCAGAAUGUUGCCAGUAACAGCAAUAGCGAACACAAGCAGCCGCGCAAGGCUGCCAGUAAAAGAGCAACCAACAACUCGCUCCGCAAGGUAGCAGUGGCCGCGCAGAGUCAACGCAAUGGCCUCAUCCGUGGCAGUGGGAAGAUGCGCCAUGUCGAUCCCGAAGCAGACACGAAAGGAGUGACUGCUUAUUGUGCGGCAGAGAAGUACAAUCUCAGCAGGGCCCGAUGGGAACUUGAACGCGGAGGCUACAAGCCAGAUCCUUUUGGCACAAACCUCUUUCCCCAAGUCCUUCACGUACAGACGCCUGAUGAUAUUGCAACGCAUGAGACUACAGGUGAGGACAAACCACCAGGGCUAGGCGAUGUCUUUGUCUUCCCUUCAGGUUGUGUAGUUGCCUGGAACGUGCCCGACAAGCUUGCACGUAAUAUCAUUGAACGCAUCUUGCCAUCUGCUGCUGGAGAGACCAACCAUCUGGAGAAGAUGGAAAUUGAGGACCUGGAUUAUGUGGAAGAUGCACAGAGAGAGUCGAGCCAGAUUAUCGGAGACACCAUCGUGCUCGGUACCAAGAUAGAGCAGUCGAGCGCAGGUGGCGAGAGAGCAUCCGAAGUGGACACCAUCCUAGCCAAGAUUGCUUUCUCUUCAGCUCUGGCACGCUCCACCAAGUUGGCAGUUCUGGAAAAUGCCCUGUCCAACUACUUUGCAAAAACUAUGUCCAUUCCUCUCACUCUGAGUUCGGGGAAACCACUCAAAUAUACACAGUCUGAGAUUCUCCAAAAGACUGGGGAGCUUUUGCUCAUUAGAGCACAACUCAAUCUCUACUCCGAGCUUACCGACAGCUUGCCCGAUCUGUUCUGGGACUCGCCUCAUGAACUCGGUCUCGAAGGGUACUACGAUAUGGUGGGCAAGGCACUCGACGUGGGCGUGCGCAUCAAAGUCCUCAACGAGAAGAUGGAUUACGCCAGUGAAAUCGCCGCAGUCCUUCGAGAAAGGCUCAGCGAGAAACACACUUCUAUGCUGGAAUGGACCAUCAUAUGGCUCAUUGUCAUUGAGGUCGGGUUCGGCGUGGUGCAUUUGUGGUGGGACAGCGAGGAGUUGAGGGAGAAGAAAGAGGAUCGGAAAGUGAUGGAAUUGCUCGAACAGUAUUUGGAAAGAGAAUUGAACAAAGGUUCUUGAUGAGAGCAGAGUCAUCAGGACGGCGAUAGAGGAAGUGUUUGUAAGUGUGGAACUCAUGAUACCCCACUCAAAUGUUGACAUGCUUUUGGCACCGUUCGUCAGCUUGAUGUAGCAUCUACUCCCCGCAAGAAGAUACGACUGAGAGUGGUGGGAGGCAGACAUGACAUGACAUUAUGCUGGCCCUUGCCAAACUCCACAACUGUUGAAGGACAAGAAGCAGAUGUGAAUGUCUGCUUGGCGUAGGAAGAGAGCCGCUCCCCUCGCAUAGUGGCAUAUUCCUACAACUACCGCAUCCUAGUCGCGACAAGCCAUGGCUGUAAUUCCAAUGCGGACCACGAUGAACCAUGAAAAGCUUCGCAUGGGUGUGCCAAAUUAAUCUGCUGCAGAUGGUCAGCAUCCGCGAAUUGACUACAUCAUUGCCCUAACUACCAUAUUGGCGAACAAUCACAAGACCGCAUACAACUUCCCAC